CUCACUUGCAAGACUGUCAAUAAUUUGCGCGACAAUCUGUUAUUGGAACCAUCAUAACGACCAAGAGCAAUUGUUUUGUCCCCAAGAAAGUAAGGAGUACUCAACACAUUCCUCCUCAAAAUGGGAGCUGUUCUGGGUGUUUGUUCGGCGGCUACUUGUGCUGCCAACAUAGCAUGUUGUUGUGGUUCUGCUGCUUGUAGUUUGUGCUGUAACGCUUGCCCUUCAUGCAAGAACUCUACAUCGACGAGGAUUGUCUACUCUAUCUUUCUACUCUUCGGGUUAAUUUUGUCAUGUAUUGUGCUCAUACCAGGAAUAAGAGAAGAGAUGGAUAAAAUACCAAAGUUUUGUGAGAAAGAAGACAAGAUUUGUGACAGCCUCGUUGGGUACCUAGCAGUGUAUCGUAUCUGCUUUGCCAUGGCGGCAUUCUUCUUUUUCUUCUGCCUCAUCAUGUAUGGUGUAAAGAGUAGUAAAGAUCCAAGGUCUGGAAUACAAAAUGGCUUCUGGGGUCUCAAGGUCUUGAUUUAUGUUGGCCUUAUUGUUGGAGCUUUUUUCAUCCCAACUGGAACUUUUGUUGAAGUUUGGAUGUACUUUGGCCUGAUUGGGGCAUUCCUGUUUAUCUUGAUCCAACUGGUUCUUCUUGUGGACUUUGCUCAUUCAUGGAACAGCUCUUGGGUUGAAAAAAUGGAAGAGGGUGGCUCCAAAGUCUGGGCAGGGCUGCUGCUUUUCUUUACAUUCUUGAUGUACGGCACUGCUGUGGCAGGAAUUAUCUGCUUGUACAUCUAUUUCACGCAUGGUGUAGAUGGUGCGCCUGAGAAGAAAUGUCAUACCAACAAGUUUUUCAUCAGCUUCAAUUUGAUCCUGUGUGUAAUUGCAUCAGCUUUGGCCAUUCACCCCAAGAUACAGGAACGCCAGCCCAGAUCUGGUUUGCUCCAAGCAGCAGUCAUUACACUCUAUGCUGUCUACUUGACUUGGUCAGCGCUACUGUACAACCCAGAUCCUUCAUGUAACCCCUUUGUAAACGCUGAUCCUUCUGUGAAGAGCAUUGACAACCAAGCCAUCAUUGGUGUUGUGGUGAUGUUUCUCAUGGUUGUGUAUGCAAGUGUUAGGACAGCAAGCAGCUCACAAGUGGGAAAACUUGGUAUGAGCAACCCAGCAGCAAGUGCGACAGGUAGCACUGAGGCUACUACCCUUCGUGAAGAGGGAGGUGCUAACAGUGACAUAAACCUGAUGGAAGAAGGGAACAGACAGCAGGUGUAUGAUGAUGAACAAGAUCAGGUGGCUUACAGUUACUCAUUUUAUCAUUUUAUGUUGUUCCUGGCUUCCCUUUACGUCAUGAUGACCCUGACAAACUGGUACAAGCCAGAAUCCAGUAACAUCCACAACCUUACAAACAGCAGUGUGGCAGUGUGGAUCAAGAUAACUUCCAGUUGGAUGGGUCUGCUGCUGUUUAUCUGGACCCUCAUUGCUCCAGUCCUAUUUCCAGACAGAGAUUUUGACUGAAGUGAGCACGCCUAUCCUCCAGAUUACAUAGACACUGCAACCGAUUUCUAGGCAAGCAUGCUUAGACAUUUGGCUCUCCAUUAAGUUUUUGUUCUGCCUAGGUUUAUAAAGCGUGAGGAACCUUUUAAUCUUUGACUGUAGCGUUUAGCUUUUGUGAAAUAAUCCAAAUUUAGAGGCAAAAAAAAGACUAGAAAAAGGAAACGAAAUGGAGAAAGAGAUUGUGGAAAGAAUGUUCGAGAUCGUCAGAUGUUAGUUAUUAUGGUUAUUCUACAGUUUGUAUAAAAGAUAUAAUUUAACUGAAUUGUGAUCUUAGAUUGUGUAACAUAGGUUGCUGUAUCGGCUUUUAAUAUAAUUAACCGCGAAUUCUUGUUAACAGCAAUUCUGUUGCUGAAAACUGCCUUGCAUUUCAGGUCUGCUCAACUUGUGCAGUUGAAAGUGAGGGACAUGCACAGUCGGAAUAUGUUUGUAAUCUACUAAUGAAGCGAUUAAGUCUUUUGGAAAUAAAUCAAGGUUCGAAAGUACUGAGGAAAGUUAAUCUGAACAUGAGAACUGGGAAAUGCACCCAUGUGUGGAAAGGGCUACACAUGUGUGAUUGCGUCAUUUCUCCUGCCAUAUUGCUUAAAUAACAAGAUCAUUCACAGUACUAUAGGUUAUGCUCAUAAGUAACUUAAGACUUGAGGUUACGAAUUAGUCAUAACCAUUACAAUUUCCUCACAUGUGAUUGGUGCAUCAGCUGCUUUAUAUUUCACCAAUCACUUUGGACAAUUGUAAUCGGACAGUGUAAUCGAAUAGUUGACCGUAAUCGAACACCAGUAAUCGGUUACGAAUUAAAUAAGGGGUGAUCGUACCAAUAGUUUAUGUAAAGUAAGAUUAGCUCUCUGUGUAACUACUACUUACGAGGGUCCUGAAUGGGUUGAAAUCCUUUUCUGUACUUCAGUGUUUCCCAAAACCAAAUUUUUUGCAGUCUGUUUUUGUUGAAAUCUUAGCACUAUCCGUAUUCUUUUUUGUAGGAUUUCCAUUUCUGGUGACUUACACUCUAGGUUUUGUGCAACAUUUAUUUAUUAGACAAACUCAGAUGUCGUCCUCCCAUUGAGGGGGCUCACGUCAUGAUAAUAUUGCAGUUUACAUUGUAGACUUUACAGAUCUAUAGUUAAUAAAUAUCUUUAUUCUAA